AUGAAUGCUGAAGUUCAGUUAGUGUUAAAACACAGGAGGAAUGUUUUCCCUCCUAUAGAUUCACAACCAGAACACAAAUCCAAAGAGGAAAAAUAUGAGAAUGCGGGGGAACCGUCAGGGAAGGAUGGUGUGCGAAAAAGUGAAAAGAAACUUGUUACUGUUAUCACUCCAGACACAUGGAAAGAUGGUGCAAGGAAUACCACAGAAAGUGGUGGAAGAAAGUUGAAUGAAAAUAAAGCUUUGACUUCAAAAAAAGCAAGAUUUGAUCCAUAUGGAAAGAAUAAGUUCUCCACUUGCAGAAUUUGUAAAAGUUCCGUGCACCAACCGGGUUCUCAUUACUGCCAGGGCUGUGCCUACAAAAAGGGCAUCUGUGCAAUGCGUGGAAAAAAGGUUUUGGACACCAAAAUCUACAAGCAAACAUCUGUGUAGAUAUAUUGAUGACGUUUCUGGCUUUCUACAUGAUUUUACAUUUUGCUUUGAAUUUUCAAGACAUAACAUAGGUGUUCAAGUUACAAAAUAACACAUUUUAAGACAAUAUCAAACCGAGGAAGUUGGUUGGUAUUCAUUUUUUUGCUCUUAAGCAGUUCUAAAAAAAAAGUUCUAAACAACAAUGGAAUAGUUUCCUGCCAUAGUUCUUUUCCUCACAAACAUCCUACUGAACUAGAGUAACUGGCAAAUUUAAUGAAAAAUAUUUUCCUGUUUCUGUAGAUGCUUUUUAUUUAUCAUUGUUCAUAUAAUUCUUAUCCUCAUCACUCUGCUUCACAGGGCAUUGAAAUAUGUGAGACCAUUAUAGCUGAAUAGUUCCUUAGUCAUUAGCCCAGACCCAAAUCGCAGUUGUAUUUAUGAUACCUUUUAUUCGUUCUUGAAGCCAAAGUGCCAGUACCUUUUGUCUGAGAAUGAGAACACAAGGGUCACCCCAUGUGUGUCCAAAUGAAUACACUGAAUUUCAAAAAAAUAUAUUUUAUGUACAUUACCUUGAACUCAAACUGUCAUGAAAGCUAAAACAGUGCUCAUCCAUGGGAAUGUAUAAUGAAUGAGUUACCACUCUUGAGAAAAGUUCCUUGAAGCAAAAAACAAACUU